AUAGUUCAUAAGUCUCCCAUCUUACCAGACACUCUCUCCCAUAAAUAAGCAACUUUUGAAGUUUCUUUUCUACUGCUAACAUUUCAACAACAUACAGCGAACUCAACAUGGCAAGCCUUCCGUUUACGGUGUCCGGUUUGCAAACAAGCAGCACCGGAGGUCGGAGCAGUCCCACGUUGCUAUGUACUCCGUUGAUGGGAACGACGGUGGAUCAAAUGCUGAUCGAGAUGCAAAAGGCUAAGGAGAUUGGGUCCGACGUCGUUGAGAUCCGCCUUGACUGUUUGAGAAACUUUAAUCCUCGCCCAGAUCUUGAAUUUCUCGUCAAGCAGUCUCCCUUGCCAACUCUUGUCACAUACAGACCAGUUUGGGAAGGUGGUCAGUAUGAAGGUGAUGAAACUAAGAGGCAGGAUGCGCUUCGUUUGGCCAUGGAAUUGGGAGCUGAUUACAUUGAUGUUGAGCUUGAGGUUGCUCCCGACUUCAACAGUUCAAUCUAUGGGAAGAAACCUGAGAACUUCAAAGUCAUUGUUUCUUCUCACAAUUUUCACAAUACUCCAUCUGCUGAGGCCAUUGGCAAUCUUGUUGCAAGAAUCCAAGCCACAGGAGCUGACAUAGUAAAGAUUGCAACAACUGCAUUGGAUAUUACAGAUUGUGCACGCAUUUUUCAGAUAAUGGUGCAUUCUCAAGUGCCGACAAUCGGAAUUGUAAUGGGGGAAAGGGGUUUGAUUUCGCGGUUGCUUAGCCCCAAGUUUGGUGGAUAUCUCACUUAUGGUGCACUUGAGGCAGGUGCCAUAUCAGCUCCAGGUCAACCUACAGCAAAAGAUUUGUUGGACUUAUACAACUUUAGGUUUAUAAGGCCUGAUACUAAAGUGUAUGGCAUUAUUGGGAAGCCUGUUGGUCACAGCAAGAGUCCACUUUUGUUCAAUGCUGCUUUCAAAUCAGUUGGUCUUAAUGCAGUUUAUGUGCACUUUUUGGUGGAUGAUGUCAAAAAGUUUUUCGAUACCUAUUCUACCAUUGAUUGGGCUGGAUGCAGUUGUACAAUCCCACAUAAGGAGGCUGCUCUGAGGUGCAUGAAUGAGAUUGACCCUAUUGCCAAGAAAAUUGGAGCUAUUAAUAACAUCGUCCGGCGACCUGACGGAACAUUAACUGCUUUCAAUACCGACUACAUUGGUGCUAUUUCUGCGAUUGAGGACGGACUACGAGGUUUGAAUGGUACACAUCCUGCAGUUGGCUCACCUUUAGCUGGAAAAUUGUUUGUUGUCUUGGGAGCAGGUGGUGCUGGAAAAUCACUUGCCUAUGGUGCUGCACAAAAGGGAGCAAGAGUUGUGGUUGCCAAUCGUACAUUUGAACGAGCUAAAGAGCUGGCUGACAAAGUUGGUGGACAAGCUAUGACUCUUGCUGAAGUAGAUAGCUUCCAUCCAGAAGAAGGGAUGGUUCUUGCCAACACUACAUCUGUGGGAAUGAAACCUAAAAUAGAUGAGUCCCCUAUCUCCAAGCAAUCUCUGAAACAUUAUUGCCUAGUCUUUGAUGCCAUUUACACACCAAAGGAGACCAGACUCUUGAGAGAAGCAAGAGACACUGGAGCCGUUAUUGUGUAUGGAACAGAGAUGUUGAUCCGUCAGGGCUUUGAACAAUACAAGAACUUCACUGGUUUGCCUGCCCCAGAAGAUUUGUUUAGGCAACUCAUGGAGAAGCAUGCAUAAAUGGGGAUUUGCUUUGGUAUUCCAGUACUAGUAGUGUUGCAGCUGAAUCUACACUUCCCCAUUGCGGAUCAAAUUUCUCCGGUUUUGGCAUUAUGUGAUAAGCUGUUGAGUUAUUCUGUUGCAUGAAUAAAUCUUCGUCCCUAUGAAUGAAACAAUUUAUGGAAAUUGGAUGAUAGAAU